AUGCUUUUGAGGAGUACUUCGUCCCGACGCAGAAGGGCGUCGAGGAGCGUCGCUAGUUCGCCCCAAUCCGGGAGCGCACCUGGGGCCACCCCCGUCCCGAGGGCUCGAAGGGCCUCCGUAGCAACUGACAAGGCGAUAUCAUUGACAUUAAACACCUCCAGUUCCGGCACUAACGAAAUGGACAGACAACGUUCGCCUCGCGGCAGCGUCGUUCCGAACAUUGCGUUUGAAGCCGAGGACUCUCAUGAUGAGCCAAUCGGUCGGAGAAUUCUACCAGACCCCGAGCUCUGCGGAUCACGAGGCCUACUACCGGACCCCAACAGAAGUUCCCGAAAUUCACUAGUCCCUGACGAUUACAUGAGGUCACCUCGUGGAUCAUUAGUUCCCGACUCCGCGCGGAGUCCUAGAAAUAGUUUGGUACCUGACGGCUCGAGGAGUCCUCGGCACUCGUUGGUUCCUGACGGGCCCCACAACCCGAGGAACAUUUACGGCGUGGGAGGCUCCGAGCCUGCCUACAAUCGGAGUCCCAGAGGCAGCAUAGUCCCCGGGUCCGCGGCAGCCUUGUCCGCGACCCGGAAUAGCCUGAUGCCUGACAACGGAGGGAUCAGAAGCUCGAGGCAUUCGCUGCUUCCAGAAAGUACAUCUCGAAGCCCAAGAGGCAGCAUCGCCAACAUCGACUUCGACAGAACCCCGCGAGGGUCAAUUUGUCCGGAUAUCCCGAGGUCGCUGAGAGGGAACGCCGUCACGCCUAUCGACCAAGAGAGAAGCCCUCGCGGGUCCAUCUGUCCGGAAAUGAUCGAGAGAGGCGCCUUGAGGUCUCCCAGAGGCAGCAUCGCGCCUAACAUCGACCAGGAACGGAGUCCGCGGGGGUCCAUCAGCUCGGAGUACCACAACCCGAGUCCGCGGGGCUCCAUAAUGCCCGAGGUCAACAAGUCCCCUCGAGGGUCCAUUGCACCAGAUCCUAAUCGGUCACCUAGAGGAUCUAUCUGUCCUGAAGCCGCGAGGAGUCCUAGAGGGUCGAUAGUUCCUCACGAAGCGGGAAAUAGGUCGCCCAGGGGCUCUGUUGCUGUUGUUUCUGACUUGGAUCGCAAUCACAGAGGGUCAAUUGGUGGCGCGCCUGAUCAGGACAAUCCUAGUCGCAGUCCGAGGGGCAGCAUUGGGCCGGAAAUCGAUCACAGUCCUAGAGGAAGUCUUGGUGGUUAUGAAAAGCGAAAUCAUCGGAGCAAUAAUUUUGCGUUUCAAGAACCUCGGAGAGCUUCUGCUGAUCAAGGUACGUCAGCAAAUCGCAGUGGGUCACCUUAUCGUUAUCGUGACGGUAACACAAGUAGCGUGAGAUCUGGUCCAGGUCAUGGAACACAAACGAAUUUAGGGUAUGGAACAAAUGCUUGGGCUGAAUCUAGACGAGCCAGCAGUUCGGUCUCACAGUUUUCAGGAGACGAAUCACGUCGGCUUUGUAUGAGAACGGUAAAUUCAACAGAAAAGGGAACAACCGCUUCAAGUGGAUUGGGAGUUGCGACGUACGGAUCUCUAGUGUUUCAACUAAAAGACGCCCACAGAGAAGCCAGUGGCAUCUGUGACUUUGUGUUUCGGGCAAUGGGGGUUGUCAGCAAAACUAUGUUUGUCACUAUCUGCCUCGCAUGUCUUUCAACUGUCCCCAUCAUCAUGCUCAUUAUGGGAUUACAAUUCAUCAAAGACUGUCCAAAGGAACCUCACAUACCAGUUUACAUGAUAGUAGGUGGAACAUUGGGUGGAGUGAGAAUGUUCUGGGCCUUGUACUCGCAAAUUCGAUCAAGGCGGCUUGAAAUCCUGAGUGUUCCGAACGCAAGCCCGCACAUAUCACCCAUGCAAUUGGUCUCUAUAGCUCUGACGUGCUUCCUAACCGUCUGGUUCGUAUUAGGUAAUUAUUGGAUUCUGAAGAUCAGAUGGCCGGACUUUGAAGCUAAAAUGUUCGAUCCGGAUCACUGGUGCGCCAAGACUCUCUACAUCUUUGCGGUGGUCCAUCUUGGCGUAAUAUACGCAGUAAUUGGCGUCAGCAUCGUCACAGCUCUGGGUUUGGCCGUUUGUAGAGUCCUGGCUUGUCCUUGGUUCGAGAGAAUCAUUCGGGAAGUUAACGAGGACGAUGAAGAGGAAACUCUCUGUAAAAAACACGACCUGGAAAAUGAUCUCGUAGUUGUAGUCAACCCUGGGAAUGACAAAGUCGUUGAAAUUGUCCCAGAGAUUAAAUUUUCUAGUCGG